AUAUCUUUGACUAGUAAAUUGUCAAAGUCAAAUGCCAUAAGAUAAUACAAAAAGUCAAAAAGAAGACAACGAACAACUUAGUAUAAAUCAUUAUAUCCUUUUCGUGGCUUCAUCGAAAACCAUUUCUCAGUUUUUUCAAACAUGGCGGCUAAAUCCACCUUCGAUGUCAUGUGCACGGUGGCGCUGAUGCUACUGUUCGCCGAUUUCACCACCUCGGCCACCCGCUGCUCUGACUGCGGCUCCACCCAAGUUCCGUACCCUCUCAGCACCGGACCUGGUUGUGGCGACCAGUCCUACAGAGUCCGGUGCGACACGGGUGCAGGUGCGCUGUUCUUCGACACCCCCAACACCACCUAUCCGAUUUACUCUAUCUCUCCGACCAUCCAACGGUUCAGGAUCCGACCACCGAACUUCCUCAACAACAACGCCACCUGCGUCACAACUGAUGUUUCCACUGAGGGCCUCCAGCUGGACCCAACCUUACCUUUUAACAUCACAAGCGGAAACACUAUCAUGUACCUUAAUUGCUCCGAAUCGCUUUUGAGAUCACCGUUGAACUGUACCUCCACGAGCCUCUGUCACUCUUACAUAAACAACUCAGCGGAAGCGUCAGUUUGCGGCCGAUCUCCAAUUUGCUGCACGUUUAGGUCAGGUGGAUCAUCGACGAUGUACUCGAUCCGGGUGAGGGAUGGUGGGUGUCAGGCCUAUAGGAGUUUCGUGAAUUUGGAUUAUUCGUUGCCGGUGAGUAGGUGGCCUGUUCCUGGAGUGGAGAUACAAUGGGCGUCGCCACCGGAGCCCUUGUGUGGGACCCAAGCUGAUUGUGAUGCUAGCUCUACUUGUGUGCCAUCCGCUGCCGGUGGUGUUCGUAGGUGUAUUUGUAACUCCGGAUUUCAUUGGGACGCCAUUGCCGGAGUUUGUGCCUUAGAUGAUACUUGUGACACCAGAGGGGAUUGUGACGACUCAAAUCGAACCGCGCUUAUUGCAGGUUUGACCUCCGGCCUAGGAGCAGCGCUUGUGGCGGCUGUCAUCGGAUUCCUACUCUACAGACGUCAUCGUCGUCACAAAGAAGCACAAGCACGGCUUGCACGCGAACGUGAAGAGAUUCUAAACGCCGGUUCCGGGAAAACAGCUAAAGUCUUCACCGGAAAAGAAAUCAAAAAAGCAACAAACAACUUCUCCAAAGACCGUCUUCUAGGCACCGGAGGUUUCGGUGAAGUAUAUAAAGGCAUUCUAGAAGACUCCACGGUCGUCGCCGUCAAAUGUGCCAAAGUUGGCAACGCAAAAGGCACCGAUCAGGUCCUGAACGAGGUGCGAAUCCUCUGCCAAGUUAACCACAGGGGCUUGGUUCGUCUCCUGGGCUGUUGCGUCGAGCUCGAACAGCCAUUACUGGUUUACGAAUACAUCCCAAACGGCACCCUUUUGGAACACUUAAAAGGUCAAUACAGCACCGGUGGUCUGAGUUGGACUCACCGGCUAAACAUCGCUCGAGAUACGGCGGAGGGGCUGGCCUACCUCCAUUUCUCAGCGGUUCCACCCAUCUACCACCGUGACGUCAAAUCUAGCAACAUCUUGCUAGACGAGAAAAUGAACGCAAAGGUUGCUGAUUUCGGGUUGUCUCGGUUGGCUCAAGCGGAUUUGAGUCAUGUGACAACAUGUGCUCAAGGGACGUUAGGAUAUCUUGAUCCUGAGUACUACAGAAACUAUCAAUUAACAGAUAAAAGUGAUGUUUAUAGCUUCGGAGUCGUGUUAUUAGAGUUAUUAACAUCAGAGAAAGCAAUAGAUUUUAACCGACCACCAGACGAUGUGAACUUGGCCAUUUAUGUGAAACGGAUUGUGGAAGAGGAGAGGUUGUUGGAUGCGGUUGACCCGAAUCUGAAGAAGGGUGCUAGCAAGUUGGAGUUGGAGACGAUGAAAGCAUUGGGGUUUUUGGCGGUUGGGUGCUUAGAGGAACGUCGACAAAAUCGACCUUCGAUGAAAGAGGUGACCGAGGAGAUUGAAUAUAUCAUUAGUAUUGCAACAAGUAGUAAUAUGGAAGAUUAAGGAACAUUAGCUUAUAGACAAUAAGUUCCUUUUUUGGUGUUUGAGAUCAUGUGUUUAAUCCUGAUAUUCCAUUUUAAUUCCUGUC